AUGAGGAGUGGCCAGAGCAUCUGCAGAAUGCUCUUCACAAACUAUGGCUUUUGUAUGAGGAUUGCCAGCGUGCUAAUAGGAUGGCAUGUCUGGAACAUUCAUGUCCACAAUCUCACAUCACAGAAGAACAAGCUACAGGAGACUUAUGAGAAGCUUGUUGAGGAUGUGAACAACCUACUUGAUACCCAGGACAAUAUUCCCAAGGAAAAUGAAGUCCAACAAGGUGAACAUGAGGAGAUCACUCCUCCUUUGGACAACAAUAUUUCAGCUUUGAAGGAACAGCUGGGUGCAAUGGAUGCUGAGAACAAAGAACUGAAGCAAAAGGUUGACCAGUUGAAGAGCAUUCAGGUUGCCCAAGGUAAUGUGAUUAGGAAUCUGAAGUUUGCUCAUUUGAAGGAGAAGGAAAAGUUGAGCACUGAGAGGAGGAAUUUGGAGUUUCACAUUGCUGAUCUUGUCAAAGCUAGUGACAAGAACAAGAGAAAGCUGAAGGACAUCAAGGAUAUUUGCGAUGAAGAGUGA